UAUUGUUAGUAAAUAAACUUACAACAAAAACAUUUCCUAAAUGUGCAAGUUGGGGAGUAUCUUGGAACAGAUUCUAUGUGGUUGUCGCAUAUUUGUGGAGAAAUGUCUAUGUUACAUAUGUCCUCCGUUGUACAGAGUAUUCUUCGCGGAGUGCAAUCAGAAGAAUAGCCUGCGACUCACCAGUUUUAUUUGUGGUUUCUGUCUGGGACAGGCUUACUAUUACUAUUUGUUGAAGAGGAUUCCCUUCCCGAACUCCGUUGGACUUAUUUUGUCUUUAGUUAUAAGUGUAUUGCUUGGUAUAGGUAACGCAAUAUCAAUACAAGUAAGAUGUAUAUGCCUGCUUAUAUUUCCCAUGUAUUUUGGAAAAACUGGCCGAGGAGUGCUGAAAGCAGUCGUCUUGACCUACGUCGUGGCUGGUCCUAUCACGAACAUGGGUCUGAAUGCUCGAGAAGUGGUGAGGGUCUUCGCGUGCAGCACGCAGCUCUCGUUCAACCUGUCCAAGGAGAGGUACAACCUGAUGCUGGAGCCCAUCAAGAAGACAGCACUCAGCCUGCAGCAUGAGAUGGACCAGAUGAAGAACGCGCUUAGAUCUGUGCGUGACAUAGUGGCUCCUAUAGAGCUUGAGAUAGAGAAUAUGGAAGAAGUUGCGAGGAAGCAGGAACAGAACGAUAACUUGGAUCUUCUCUUCAAGGCAUUAUUGCGGUCUACAGGAAUUGAAGCCAAGUAUCUAAAUAUCCCAGAAAAAGGUUUAGAGGAUCAUUUUCAAAAGCUAUACGAAAAGAAAUUGGAAUACAGAUGCGAAUAUGAACUAACACAAGCCAAUAAAGUUUGCAUUGAAGCGUUUACCUUGGCUUACGACACGUGUUGUGAGAAAGUGCGUAAUAACAAUGCCUGGCUGUUGUGUUGGCCUCUGAGAUUUAAAUACGCCUGCAAUUUCCUACACCUACUCCAAAAGGACGAUACUUGUGAUAGCAGGAAGCAGUUGGACCACGGCUUAGGAGAAGGUUACGUAGCCCUUAAGAGAGCGACGCGCGAGCUGACCGGUGGAUUGAAAAACGUCAAUCUGAAAUAUAAAAUUACUUUUCAACGCAUAUUGUAUGAUAUUCAGGAUGCAAAAGAAACUGGCGACCGUGUGCUCCACUCCUUUGAAGAGAAGCACAUAGUCAUGGGCGUGGUCAUCAUCACGCUGAACGUGUGUAUGGCCAUCCUGUUCCUAAGGAUAGUGCUAGCCGCCAUAGCAUACCACGAUAUGUACCUCACUAACAUUACCUUUGACAACUUGUACAUAACUGGCUACUUCAAAUAUUUGGACGAAAUGAGGAAUAGGAAGAAUAAAAUUACUUUGUUACCACUUAAAAAGAUGGAGCGAAGUAAAUACGUGGACAUAUACUCCGUGUCGUACGUGCGGACCCAGCACAGUAAGCUGGUGACGCAGAUCCUGAAGGUGAUGUUGGAGGUGGUGACAGCCACGACCUUCGUGAUGCUGGACCGGCUCUUCUACGAGGCUCUGGACGUGGUGCGCCAACAUGCACACCUCGAGUUCGUCCAUCAGGGGACGCAGGAUUUGAAGAUAGAGGUGGAAGGAACAGGUCUCCUAGCGAAUCUCCUCCGGAAACUGAUCAGCAAUCUAUCAUCGACCCGGGACAGCCGGCGCGUGAUGACGAACAAACUGUGUGUGCCACAACCACGCGCCAUGCCGCCCAUAUACUUCUUCAAGAUCUACGGAGGCUACGUCUGGAUACUUUUUCUGUUGUAUAUCAAUCCAUAUACGCUGAGGCUGAGGAGACUAAUCUGCAGUUACUUUUACCCUCUACGCGAGAAACAGCGCGUGUUGCAUCUCUACAACGAUAUCCUUAAGAAACGAAUGAAAAUGGAUAAAACUCUGCGCAGAAAAGCGAUCCAAGCCGUGAGAGCCCACUACCUCUCUGGAGAGAACCUCCUCAGUUUGCGGAUGAAGUUCCCAUACUUGCUGGGCUGGUUGGAUGCUCUACCUGCUGCUAGGAUGACCUGCCUCAUAUGUGGGGAGACGGAACCUAGGACUGGUCGUCGGAUCCCAGGCCGGUGGCACUGCUGCAGCGUGCCAACAUGUCCGUUUGUGUACUGUGCCGAGUGCUGGGAGGAGGCGGGAGGGCACUGCCUGGCCUGCGACCCCUCCCUCAAUGAGCUGAGUGACGUCGACUCCCUUAGUGAUGAUGAUUUACUCCGAUAUUAACAACAGACAAAGUUUCAUAGAUUAAUAUAAAUAAGUGUAAAUAAAGUGAAAAAUAUUCCAGAAUCAUUCA